AUGGAGUUUCCUGAUGAUGCACCCGAGGAGUGGCGACUCCUAGGAUGUGUUCAUCCAUUUUUUGCCUGUAAAUUAUUCUCGGUUGACAAUGUUGAUAGCAACGAAUGGACAAGGGAGACUAUACUCAAUCUUCAGACCUUGUUUGACUUUGAAAUAUGGCUGGUACCUGAUGCACUCCAAGAGGCUCUCAUCUUACAGCGGACGAAGAAUGUUUGCCCCGAAGGAAUUGCUGCCUUAGUGAGCCUCCUCCAACUGUUUGAAGACAGCCUCGGUGAUGGAAUACUGAAACAUCAUCCAGGGCUUGAGAAGCAAAGACUUCCCAAGCUUAGGGCGCUCCAGCACAAGCUAAACCGAGGGCUUCUUAGCUCGAGCAGUGCCUUCGUUGAUCAUUGUCAUGGAAAUUCCAGCACUUUGCUCGCCCCGCCCACUCUAGAAAGACUCAUCAAUAUAGUUACUGCUCUGGAAAACUUCAAUCAGACCGUCAACCGUGUAUCAUCCAGUACAAAGGAGGAUGAUUCCGCCCCCGAAAUUUCCCAUUCAUGGAAAUUGGAAGAGAUAAUGGCGGUGCGGAAGUCAGGAAAAGUGCGCAAUAUCAUGAACGCUGUACUCCACGGAUUUGUCAAGGAGUUGAAGCACUGUGGCUUGCCGCAUAUCGCCAUGGUUCAUCUCAGUGAUCCAUGCAACCUGAAGAUGCUUUUAUCUUCGUGUACGAACCAGCGUGUUUGGCGUCAGGUCAUGUGCCGAUCCACUGAUGAUCAAGUUCGUGCCCACGGUCCCGAGCUGGCGCUAAGUAUGAGAGAACAAAGUGACUUGUGUGCAGCCAUACGAGGACCCCCACACAAGCUGCUGCAGAUCUCCUUUAAUGACUCCAUGAUCUGGCAUAACUCAAACGAGACCGUCCCCAUUGUCAAAGAUGCGGCGAGAAUACCACUUCUUCAGCUUCUCGAAGGACGAACUUACACAAAAUCCUCCUUUCCCACUGUACCUCAUCUUUCAAAAAAGAAGAAGAAGGUGGUUGUGGUCAUCCUCGCGAAUUUUCUGAUGAUACUCCUGGGUAGCGGUUGGUUACAAAGACACUGGACUUCAGAAAAUAUAUUCUUCGUGCCUGACCUCAAGCCUAGUGAGACAGAUUUUCUCGAAAUACCCUACAUUCUAUCUCUUUUGGGCAGCCCUGUGGAGGGAGACACGGCCAUAGACAUUGAGUCGAACUACUCUUAUAUCUACGCAUUCGGUAUAUUGAUUCUAGAGCUUGAACUAGAUCAAAGCAUUCCAAUAACAGCGGAGGAUGAAGACGGGGCCGAUGAGGAGUAUCCAGCGGUUUACAUGGCUCUUGUCCGGGUGUUCCAACUUCGCAAAGAAGAUCUGGACGACCCAUAUGUCCUACAAGUCAUCAACUCGUGCCUUGAUUUUGUGAACAAAGUGGACUCAAUCAAACACCCUUCAUUUAAUAACGAGGUCAAGUUCGAUGCGGCGGUGCUGCGAUUUAUUCUUGAGCCUCUGAUUCAAAGACUCCAAGCUGCCCAUCCAGAGGUAUCGCUGAAUCUGCUGGGUGCACCAAUUAGCACUAUUGCACAUGCUUUGUCGUCGAGAGAAAGCCGAGUAGCUUCAUCCAGGCCGUCUGGCCAGGACACAGCAUCCGUCAACAAUCAUGUGAUUGCCUUUCCUACCUCCAUGGCAACGGAUAGAUCUCGCAAGAGACUUUCUUCUUCUCUCGUUUCUGCAGUCGAUCCGACCCAGCCACGACACCGGCGGGACUUCAAAAUUGCUAUCAUUUGCGCCUUACCGCUGGAGGCUGAUGCGGUACUAGCAAUGUUCGAUAAGCGGUGGGAUGAGCAUUCAAACCCAUUCGGUAAGGCACCGGGAGACCCUAAUGCGUACUCGACCGGUCGAAUAGGGCAGCACAAUGUUGUUUUGGUCCACAUGCCAGGGAUUGGCAAAGAAAACGCCGCAAGCGCAGCAGCAAAUUGCCGUUCCAGUUUUGGGGCCAUCGAGCUCGCCGUUGUUGUUGGUAUCUGUGGAGGCGUACCUUUCCUCCAAAAUGGCGAAGAGGUCUUACUUGGAGAUGUUGUGAUCAGUGAGGGUAUCAUCUCUUACGACUUUGGACGACAAUAUCCCGACAAGUUUGUUAGGAAAAGGACCGUCCUGGACAGCUAUGGUAGACCAAACCCAGAGAUCCGGGCCUUUUUAGCACGAUCAAAAACUUACCAGAAUCGCAAGAUUCUUCAACACAAUAUAGUGGAAUCUCUCCGCAAUCUUCCGAAAGAGCCUGGGAACACAAAAGCUUACCCCGGACGAGAUUGGGAUAUGCUAUUUCAGUCGACUUAUCGUCACAAGCAUCAAACUGGUUCGCAUUGUGCAAUGUGUGAGGCCUGCAGCCGCAAAAGUGACCCUGUCUGCGAAGCAACACUAAACUCUACAUGUAAAGAGCUUGGUUGUGAUAGCACCUGGCUGGUUCCUCGGCAACGACUGAGUCAAAGCACAGAAAAUGACCAAUCUACGCAUCAGCCACUGGUCCAUUUCGGCCUUUUCGCAACAGGUAAUGUCGUCAUGAAGUCUGGUGAAGAUCGUGAUGAGAUCGCUGCGACAGAGAACGUGAUCGCAUUCGAAAUGGAAGGAUCCGGUGUAUGGGAGACCUUCCCAUGCAUUAUUAUUAAAGGCGUUUGCGACUAUGCAGACAGCCACAAGAGCAAGAGCUGGCAGGCUUUUGCUGCUGCAAUAGCGGCAGCUUGCACCAAAGAGUUAUUACAGAGUUGGGGAUCAAGUAGCCUCGUGUCUUGA